AUGGGGAUUCUGAGCGCCAGGCGCGGCCUGGAGCUGCUGCUGGGCCUCUACUUUCUCUCCCACAUCCCCAUCACUCUGCUCAUAGACUUGCAGGCGUUGCUGCCACGCGAACUCUACCCAGUCGAGUUGCAAAACCUGCUGCAGUGGUAUGUAAAGGAGUUCAAGGACAUCAUGCUACAGUAUCCCCCGACGUGGUUUAAGUCCUUCGUGUAUUGCGAGCUUUUGCUGCAGCUGCCCUUCUUUCCUGUGGCAACGUAUGCCUUCUUCAGAGGAGGCUGCAAAUGGAUCCGCACACCUGCAAUCAUCUACGCUGUCCACACGAUGACCACUUUAAUUCCCAUUCUUUCCACGCUGCUAUUCGAUGAUUUCUCCAAAGCCAAUGGUUUCAAAGGACAAGGACCCAAGACUUUGCAAGAACGACUGACCCUUGUAUCUUUCUAUUUCCCUUACUUUCUCAUCCCUCUCAUGCUUCUCCUUCUCAUGUUACGGAGCCCCGCCUACAAGUAUGAGGAGAAAAGAAAGAAAAAAUGA